AUGAAAGCAACUGCCCUCGUGGCUCUCGUGGCUGGACUGCUGCCCAUAGCUGGAGCCGUACCAGCGCAAAAUGUGAACGUCACAAUUCCAUCUGGCACCAUUAUUGGUUCAGUGGAUAAUGGAGUCGAGUCGUUCAGAGGCAUCCCUUAUGCGGAUCCACCAAUUGGCGACUUGCGCUUCAAACCGCCAGUCAGGCUUUCGAGACACCUUGGGGAGUUUGAUGCUACCAGGAAACCUGUAGCAUGCCAUUUGGGACCCAUCUUUGGCCCAUUUGCCGACACGGAAGAUACGACAGCGACUUUUGCAGAAAUCAACGUCGCGAUCUCUGUUCUCAAAGACACCGCCGGCGAUACGCCCUCUAACUUUGACGAGGACUGCUUGAUAAUCAACGUUCAACGUCCCCAGGGCGUUGAAGCCGGCGCCAAUCUUCCUGUACUAUUCUGGAUUUAUGGUGGCGGUUUUGUGGCUGGGAGCACCCCUCCGUUUGAUGGUAAAAACUUGAUCACGACUGGCGUGCAACUCAAUCAGCCAUUUGUCUAUGUAUCCGUCAAUUAUCGCGUCGGCGGCUGGGGCUUUAUGCCGGGCGAAGAGAUUCUUCGUGAAGGAAGUGGUAAUGCAGGCCUGCGUGACCAGCGGAUGGGGCUUGAAUGGGUCGCCGAUAAUAUUGCAGAGUUUGGAGGCGACCCAACGAGAGUCAUAAUUUGGGGAGAGUCUGCUGGAGCCAUAUCGGUGUUUGACCAGCUUGUUCUGUAUGACGGCAAUGCCACCUACAAGGGUGAAGAGCUUUUCCAUGGUGCUAUCAUGAACUCUGGAACGGCUCUUCCAACUGAUCCUCUGAAUGGUCCCAAAGGGGAGGCUAUCUACAGUGCAGUUGUCAAGGCAGCUGGAUGUGAGGGCAAACCCGAGGGUUCGUUGAGCUGUCUUCGCGACUUGCACAAUGACGACUUUGCCGCUGCAGCCAAUUCCGUCCCUGGUAUUUUCUCAUAUCCAUCUCUUGCACUAUCAUAUCUUCCGAGGCCAGAUGGCACUGUCUUAACCGACAGCCCGGAUGCACUGGCAAAGGAAGGGAAGUUCCAUAAAGUGCCCGUGAUUAUGGGCUCGCAAGAAGACGAGGGAACAGCCUUCACCCUCUUCCAAGUCAACAUGGGCACGGAUGAGAAGAUUGUCAACUAUCUCUCGAAAUAUUACUUUGGCGAUGCUACUAUCGACCAAAUCAGCGAGUUUGUCGGCACUUAUAGCGAUAAAAUUUCUGACGGAAGCCCGUUCCGAAGCAUCCUUCCAACCGAGCUCUAUCCGGGCAAGAGGAGGAUCGCCGCCAUUCUUGGUGACAUGGUCUUUGACCUGAUGCGGCGUGUUACGCUUCAGAUUUUUGCUGAGAACCACCCAGAAGUACCUUCGUGGUCCUAUCUCUCCUCAUACGACUACAACUUGGGCCUCAAUCCCGUUGGCACUAAGCACGGGUCAGAUAUGCCUGUUUUCUUCAACGGCUCCAAUGACGACCUCCCUACAAUCAGUGGCCGGACAUACUAUCUCAACUUUCUCUACGAAUUGGAUCCAAACAACGGCACUCAAGUAGAUGUACUUUGGCCCCAGUGGAAAGAGGGUCGCCAGCUCUUGUGGUAUAAUAAGAAAAACAACAGCCUCAGAAACGAUACAUAUAGGGAGAGCAGCUAUGAUUUCAUGUUGAAGAAUAUCGAUUCUUUACGCUUUUGA